AAAAUCUUGUCUUAUAAAUAUAAAAUCCAGCUGACAAUUGUGAACAAUUGCAAAAACUACAUUCAUUUUGUUUUCGUACUUUUGUUGAAUCUUUCUUAUUAUAAAAGAAAUUUGCUUUUAAAGAAAAUAAAGUUGUAGUAAAAUGGCUGGUAUUCUGAAAAAGUCCACCGGCCUAACCGGACUCGCGGUUGCUGUGAAUCCUCACCACACCUUAACUGGCUUGUAUGGAAAAAUCUUAAGAGUACUUGCUAAGAUGCCUCCAGAUGCGGGAUACAGAAAAAAUACGGAAAAAAUAGUUCAAGAAAGGGCAAAUAUCGUUAAAACUACACCUAACGUUGCUGAUGUUGAAAAGAAAAUAAACUGUGGACAAGUAGAAGAACUAAUAAUUCAAGCCGAAAAUGAAUUGGUUCUAGCAAGGAAAAUGCUUGGAUGGAAACCAUGGGAACCCCUUAUGAAACCAAUUCCAGAAAAGCAGUGGGAUUGGCCACCAGCCCAAAUUAAAGAACCCAGAAUAUAAAGAAAUGUUAAUAUAAGAUAAAUAAAAUAUAAAUUGAAUACAAAUAGAAGCUUUGGGUUUUUUUGUAGUAGAAAUUAA